ACUCUGACGUCAGCGCUUUCCCAUCAACACAGUUGCGGUUUGUCCCAGUCCACCUGAACGCACCUGACAACAGGUAGACCGGCAGGCGUUCAUUGAUUCGGUCAUUCCAUCAUGGUUCUUCUCUCGCUGUUCUACGUCUUGUUGACGGUCCCUGUUUUGGAUUUCUCUGGCGACACAAAGAAUAUCACUGCAAAGCCUGAAGAGGAUGUCCUUCUUCACUGUCAGGGUCCCAGAGGUGCUAAAGUGGAACUAGUAAAGUGGAGCAGAACUGACCUGGAUCCAGACAAAUUCUAUGUCUUCUUCCUCAGAGGAAACCACACAAAUGGGAUCUACCAGCUCCCCUCAUAUCAUGAUCGAGUGACCCUGAGUGAUCCGGAGACGAAGGAAGGAAAUGUUUCUGUUGUUCUGGAGAACGUCAGCGGCAACGACACCGGGACAUAUGAGUGUCGAGUUGGAAUCAGGGAGGGAGAAGAACCUAAAGUCUACAGCACCAUCCACCUGAAGGUUGAAGAUCCCGCAGCUGAAGACAAGGAAGGAUAUCACAGACUCGUAGUCGGUCUGUCAGUUGCAGGGGUCCUGAUUGCUCUUUCUAUUCCUUGUUUUAUAAUUUGUUGUAUCAUUUGGAAACGACGUAACAGGCUCACAAAGAGUAAUUCAUACAACAAUGUUCCGGCUGAAUGAGCUUUUGAUCCUGUUGUAUGUUAGUUCAUUUUACAUUAGAUCAUGUAAUUACAUUAAAAAUUAUGAUUGGCUCACUGACGCUGCUGAGAUUCACCCCUUAAAGUAUUAAAACUUGGUAUUGAAUGACGAGGCCAUUUUUCGAUACUUGAUAAGGAGCCAAUUCACUCUGUGCCUAGUAGUAGUAGUACUAGUAGUAGUAGUUUCAGCAGACUCGCAGGUUGACCCCCUCCACAUACACGGCCAAUAGAUUUACUGAUGUUUGACAAAUAGAGACGUCAUCCCUCCAACACGAUCGCAGCACUUUACUAUGUUAUUACAAGGGUCUUUGCAGAACAUGGAAGACAAUAUCACAGGCUCUUCCGUACCCCCACACCAAAAAAAUUUGUAUAAAUCCCAGUACGCUUUCCUUUAAGUUAGCUGACCUUUCUGUUAAUCCAAAAACAGGAAAUACUGUAGAUUUAGAGCAUAUCUCUGUAUGUUGCACGAACAUUUCUGAUCUAAAAAUGUAAAUAUGGAACACAGUAUAUUAGCCCGUAUUUUUACAGACUUUUCUAACCGUGGAUGAUUUAUACAGGCUAUUAAAAGAUCCCUUUUUAAUGCACUUAAUGCAGUAUGUGAUGAAGGACCAAUUCCACAGCUGUCCUACGCCAAAAUGAUUUUUUUAAAGUGUAUCUUUAAGAUCACGAGAUGCCAACUUUUGAAGAAUUAUAUCCCGUCGAAAUAAAUGUGUGUCAGAGUUCGGAUAAAUAUUUUUAAAUACUUAAAUUAUGAAUGUAAUGUAAAAGGAUUUAGUUUUUGUUAAGGAUGUUACAUGGAAGCCAUAUGUAUGUGAUGUGUUUUCUAAAUCGACUGAUUGAGACUCUUGAAUGUGUGUGUGUGUGUUUAUAUUGUUUUUGCUAAUUGAUUUAAAAAAAUAUAUAUAUUUUCCCUUUUAAUGUAAAGCAUUUUAAGUUCAUGUGUUAUGAAAGGAGUUUUAUAAAUGAAAGUGCCUUUGCCAUAAAAGAAAGUUAAAUGUCUUGAAUGAUGUCUUCUCUGAAAGUGUCUCUCUGAUGUCCCUGUUCAGUAAUUAACCCAUUAUAACUGGGGGGAGGGGGGCUCCUCCUCCCCCAUAACAUUUUGAGCAUCAAACACUUCAUUUCCUGUAUUAUGGAUUAAUUUUUUGAUGUAACAUGGUAUGGUGCAAAGGUCUUUAUUGAUGUAAAGGGAAUGAUUAUUCUCCUGUAUUGUUUAAAACUUUCUGCAGAUUCAAAUCA